AAAUACAUGAAUAAAGAGAAACCAUACCUUGCAGUUCACAGGCCCCGCAUUGGUGUCAUGCAGUGUUACAUUAAGCAGCAUACAAGAAGACUGCAGUCACGAGUCAUGAUCUGAGAUUUUAACCAGGAAACACUAAAGAAAAUGGCAUCUACUACAAAUCUCCGUGAGAAAAUUAAAAGCAAGCGAAAGGCACUCCAAGAAUCCUUGACAAGAACCAAAGAUGACAUUGAUACACAGGCUCUGGUCAACUCAGAAAUGGAAAUCAAUAAAGAAAGUCAACAAAUAGCCGUGAAGGAAAUUGCAGACAACGAAGAGGAACAAGUGGAAAAUCUAAAACGUACCCUCAAGGCGCAGAGACAGAGGAGGAAAAAGCCAUUGCUUGAAGAUGUAACGGACAUGCCAACUGAAGAGCUGGUGGAAGACCUGAGCACUGUUGUUCGUGGCAAGAGAACUUUGCCUCCCAUCUCCUUGUCGUCUCCCAGAACAAGCUAUGCAGAAUUUUCAAUGAGAGAACGUAUGAGAGAGAAGCUGAAAGCUGCAAGGUCAAAAGCAGAAAGUGUUCUACAGCAAGAAACUUCUAGUGGGUCCCCGAGACAACUGAAGAGUCUUCGAGACACAGAGAAAGUCACCAGGUUUGACACAGAGCAGCUGGAUGAUGAUGAAUUCAGGAGAAGUAGAGACAGUGUCUCUCCCCUUUCUUCGAGAGUCAAGUUCAGAGACGUAGUGAACAAGCUCAAGCAGAAACCUCAGACGCAGACAGGUUUUCCUACAGCUGAAGAGGCCUACAACUUUUUCACUUUCAACUUUGACCCAGAACCUCCAGAGGAGAAGCCUAAAAAGAAAAGACAGGCAAGGCAAGACCAGGAGGAAGGAGAGGAAGAGGAGGCACAAGAGGAAGAGGAGGAGGAGGAGGAGGAGACAGCAGUUAGUGGAGAGCAAGAGGAGGAAGCAGAGAAGGAUGAAGACUCACCUCUUGUAAGAGAACAGGAUGAAGACCUGUUUAUUAUCGAUCAAACAGCACAAGACUUUCUUGAAUAUAAAGCUGCAGUGUGUGAAGGCUAUAACAGCCGACUGCUAAAAGAGAAGGAAGUGCUCUUCACACCCAGUACACUCACAGUGCCUGCUUCCCACAAGGUCCCUGAGAACAAGCAGCCUCGCUUUCUGGAGGAUGAAGGGCUGUACGUCGGAGAAAGGCCUGAAGUUUCUCUCACUAAUCAGAACAUCCUGGAGAACAGACUACUCCGACAGGAGGAGGGCAAGAGAUGGUUUGGAGAUGAUGGCCGGAUAAUGGCUUUGCCCAAUCCCAUUAAAGAGUCCUCAACUAGGCCUCCUGUGUUUUCUCUCGAAGAAGAUGUAGACCCUGCCCUGGAAACAGUCUACAGGAAGGCAGUGAAGUCCAAGUACACCAACCGUUACAUUCUUGGCUCAGGUGAUCCCCAGGGGGACUUUCAACUAGAUAUCGAUGUGUCUGGUUUGAUUUUCAUCCAUCAUCCACUAUUCAGUCGUGAACAUGUGCUAGCAGCCAAGCUGGCCCAGAUGUACGACCAGUACUUAACAAGACAGCAGAAGAACCUCACCAGCCUCCUCACAGACAAGUUGCAUGCUCUAAGGAAUGCCAUCCGCAACAUUACAGAACAAUACGAUGGACAAAUUCUUAAUCCAGUAAUGCAACACAGGAUAUCAGAGUACAGAUUUGAAAUCAGGCAUACCCGAAAAUUGCGUGAUGUAGAACAGGAAAAGGAUCGAACCUGUGAACUGAAUUCCCGUUUAAGAUCUAAGGACCUUCCUCUAAUUUCCUUGCGUGAUUUCCAAAGGUCUCACUAGUGACCACCACUCAAACUCUGCCUGAGAAGGGAGGAGGUGGAUCAUAGAGCAGAUGAAAGACUCUUUGAAUCUGAAAUCCAGGCUGAAAUACGUGAACUCUCUGAGGAGUUUGAGGAAGAGUAUCAAAAGAAGCUUUCAGAGUACAAAGCAAAGUAUGCAGAGUGGAAAGCAUGGAAAAAGAAGCAGAAAGCCAAAAGGAAAAAGAAGAAGAAGAAGCAGCAGCAGCGAGCUGAGGAAGAGGAUGAGGAUGGUCAGCAGAAAGAGAGCGACGAGGAGCUGGGGGAGGAGCCCCCAAAGCCAGACCCUCCAGGAGAGCUGGACGUAGCAGCGCUGGAACAGCAGGUCCGGGACAAAGCAAACCUCAGCCGCAGGAAACCAGGGGAAUCCAGUCUCAUAGUUGAGCUCACUUCUGCAGGCAAUGUCACUCCAAAUGAGCUCUGCCCAAGAGGUGAGAUUAUGAGAAGAGAAGACACCCUGAAACGCUCAAUCUAUACAAAAGUGCUUUACAACAACAAGGAAGUCUCCCGGACUGCAAGUCGCACGUUAAAUUCAGAUUUCAGAGUCCACUUUGGACAGAUCUUUAACUUGAAAAUCGUCAACUGGCCAGAAAGUGUCAAGCUUCAGGUAUUUGAAAUGGUGGGAUCAUCCACAACAAUGUUGGCAGAAGUGUAUGUACCUCUUCCAGACACUACAGUCCUCACUGGCAACGCCCCUUCAGAAGAGCUUGAGUUCAGCAGCAACCAGCGCGUCAUGUUUGAUCAUGAGGGAGUAGGAAGCGAUGUGCCAUUUUCCUUCGAGGCUGAUGGGAGUAACAAGCUGAUUCUCCUGACGUCUGGUAAACUGUCCUGUAGUGUUUCCUGGGCAGUGGGAGAGAGCGGUGCUCCGUUAGUCCCACCUGUGUCUCAACAGACUGGUGGAAUUCAAAGUGCAAUUAAACAACUGGAUGCCAUUGCAUGCAUUGGGACGUCUGGUGUAAGUGACAUGAAAAAGUUGGCAAAAUGGGCUGCUGAAUCCAGACUUGAUCCAAAUGAUCCCAAUAAUGCUGCACUAAUGCAGCUACUAACAAUCGCUACCAGUGGGGAGGUCCAGAUUCCUGACUUCUUUCGCCUAGAGCAGUUACAGGAGGAGUUCAAUUUUGCCUCGGAGGAGGAGCUUCAGAGAUCCAAGAGAUUCCGGCUUCUGGAGCUCAGGAGUCAGGAGGUGGCAGAGUUCCGUAACUUUAAAAGAGUCCCUGCACUAGACAGGGAAAUCUCAGAGAAGGUGUUCCAGGAAUAUGAAAAGAGGCUGCGUGAGAGAGAGAUUAUUGACACAAAUGAUCAUCUGGAUGCCCACAGAGCAUUGGUAGCCAAGUAUUUGCAAAAGGUCAGAGAAUCUGUGGUAAACAGGUUCCUGGUUGCAAAACAUCAUUACCUUCUGUCUGACCUUGUUGUGGAAGAAGAGGUCCCCAGUAUCGGUGUUUUGGGAAUCAGCCUGUUCAAGCUGGCAGAACCCAAACGGCCACUGAGGCCAAGAAGAAAAGAAAGAAAGAAAGUUACAGCCCAAAAUCUGUCAGAUGGUGACAUUAAACUCCUAGUCAAUGUUGUCAGAGCCUACGAUAUUCCAAUAAGGAAACCCAGCACAAGCAGACCUUCUGUAGCAUCAAGAUCUGCAAGGUCUUUUACUGAAGCAUUUGCUGCCGGACAGCCAUCUCAAAGUCCAACUCAGAGUAAUGACUGGCCUCUCCAUCAGGUUUUGGUACGUCCUUUUGUGGAGGUUACAUUUCAGCGUACAGUGCGGCAGACAACAACUGCAGAUGGACCUAAUCCAAACUGGAAUGAGGAAUUAAAACUACCAUUUAGAGCCCCUAAUGGAGAUUACAGUACUGCUAGUUUGCAGUCAGUGAAGGAGGAAGUCUUUAUCAAUGUCUUUGAUGAAGUUGUGUAUGAUGUCAUAGAGGAUGACCGUGAAAGAGGCAGUGGAAUUCACACUCGGGUUGAACGACACUGGCUAGGAGCUGUCAGGAUUCCUUUCACCACCAUAUACUUCCAGUCAAGGAUUGAUGGAACGUUUAAGAUCAACACACCCCCGGUUCUUCUGGGCUACAGUAAAGAGCGCAGUCUGGCAGGUGAAGGAGGCUAUGAUGCUGUGAGGUGCCUGAGCGAGGGCUCCUACAUCACGCUGUUUAUCACUAUUGAUCCCCAGCUUGUACCUGGGGAAACAGUGAGGGAAAAGUUUGACACCCAGGAGGAUGAGAAACUCCUUCAAGCAGCCGAUAAAUUCCAAAAAGAAGCUGCUCUCAAGUUCCCGGGUCGUCAGUGCCUCACCACUGUUAUUGAUAUUAAUGGAAAGACUGUGUUUAUCACUAGAUAUGUCAAGUCACUCAACCCUCCUCAGGAGCUGCUUGAUGCAUUUCCCAACAACCCCCAGGAAGCCUCUGAACUGGUGGCUCGCUUUGUUUCCCUUAUUCCGUCCCUUCCUGACAGUGUGUCUUUUGCUGGAAUUUGUGACUUGUGGAGCACCUGUGAUCAAUUCCUGGACCUUCUGGCAGGGGACGAAGAAGAACAUGCUGUUUUGCUGUGCAAUUAUUUCCUGGCAAUGGGCAAAAAGGCUUGGCUUAUCAUUGGAAAUGCUAUUCCUGAGGGACCAACUGCAUACAUUUUGACUUAUGAGCAGAGUCAGUAUGUCAUCUGGAACCCCAGCAGUGGACAAUUUUAUAGUCAAUAUGAUACCUUCUGCCCACUGCAAAGCGUUGGCUGCCUAGUUAAUGCUGAUAAUGUAUGGUUUAACAUACAGCAAUACGACACACCAAUGAGAAUGAGCUUUGACAUCAGCAAGUCCAAAUUCUGGAAGCCUUUCUUCUCAAGAAGUUUUUCCCACCCAGGUCUCUCCAGUAUCCAGCCGGAAGAGUUGAUGUAUUGCCGCACAGAUAAGGCUGCCGCGGCUGAACUGCAGGACAGGAUAGAAAAGAUUCUAAAGGAAAAGAUCAUGGAAUGGCGGCCCAGGCAUCCGACACGCUGGAACAGGUACUGCACAUCGACUCUGAGGCAAUUCUUGCCCAAACUGGAGCUGAAUCACGGGAAGGACGUGGGAGAUGACCACAGGAUGGAGCUGCAAAGCCUGCUUGGAGACUACAGAAUAUCUGGAUUUCCAAUACAGAUGUCUUUCUCUGAAAUAAGGCCUGUCAUUGAAGCAGUAUACAGUACUGGUGUGCACAACAUUGAAGUUUCUAAUGUGGAAUUUGCCCUGGCUGUGCAUGUCCAACCUUACCCAAACAAUGUCCUCUCAGUGUGGGUGUACGUGGCUUCACUCAUCCGCAACCGAUAGCUAUGAACAUCCUAGCUAUCGAAGAGCUAUGAUGUUCUUUGAUGAAGUCCAAACUCAGUAUAUUAUAUUUUCAGUUUUAGCUUUUUUUUUUUUUUAAUGAAGGUAAUACUUUGAGAUGCAGAUUACUUGCUAUUUGGGUAUUGUAGUGUAUGAAUAUACAAGAUGACUAUAAAGAAUGCCACUUUAUCAGGAUGUUGCACCAAAAGUUUCAAACCAUGGAAGCAUUGGCAAUGAUUUGACAUCCCCAAACACCAGUAGUAAAAGGAAUCUUCAUAUGGUACAUCAAUGCUAAUAGGAAUUAUACGAGCUUCCACUAUUGUGCUAUGUUAAAGUACCUUAUAUAUUUUUCAAAUAUGUUCCCCAGCUGGAUUUUCUAGGACAUGGUACAGUACUAAGGAAUCCCACUCGAUUACAUCAAACACUUAUUUUUAGAGAUAACCUCAGAAUAACCCCAGAUAGGGCGAUUUCCCUAGUGCUCAAAAAAACAACACAAAAAAAAAAAAAAAAAAAAAAAAAAAAAAAGCUCAAAUAAAAAUAAGGACUUUUUUUUUUUUCAAUUUAAAUACCACAGCUCAAAGUCCUAAUUUUAAUUCAAAUGUUUAUACACAUUGACUACAAUUUAAUUUAUUCUGAUAAAUAUAACCAUGUAAAGAUGUUCUUUUUAGUGAUGUUAAGAAUGUUUUAUUGUUAUUUUUCUACACAAAUGAUAGCAAAUUAUUUUUAUAUUGGUACUAAACCCCAUAACUAUAGCACUAAAAACUGCAACAUAAUUUCUUCCUAUUGUAUGUGUCCUGAAUUUUAUGGGGUAUGGUCCUAAAAAGAACACCUUUUGUAUUUUUACCUUAUUAAAUUAAAAGAUCAGUAGUUUACAUUUAAUCAUGCACUCCCACAGAAUAUUAAAUAAAACAAAGCUGUGACUACAGUAUAUUUAAGGAUGGUUAAGUUUUGUCAUAGUGUCACAAUAUAUGCCUAAAUACCAGAUUGUCAUUAAGGCAAAAGUGGGGGGUGGGGGCACUAACUCAGGCAGGGGUGAAAUUACAAGCAUAUUAACAUUAACUAGAUAGAUUAGGCAUACUUAAAAUUCAAAAGGUAGAGCACUUCACACAGUGAAAUACAAUUAAAAGUUGCUGCAGUAUGUUGUCCACUUUUGU